UAUAAACUCCCUUAGAAUACGGUCCAGGAAUCACGCAAUUACUAUGGAGAAAUUAACGCAGUUCGUGUCCAAGUCAUUCGAUAACAACAACAGUUUAGUGAGUGAACAGGGUAUGUCUGAAAGUAUCAUUAAAAGCGAGGAGGAUGCUGAUGCUAAGCCGCCGCCGCCGACUACUACAGCCGAUGAAGAAACCGCCAAACUUAUGAAACCGGUUGCCAAGAAUUGGUUGAUCUCCGAUAGUCCUAAGUCUACAAACAGCACCUCCGCCUCCUACGGAAUGGAUCUAAGUUUGAAUCAUCAGAACGUGAUCUACAGUUCGAGCUUGAUACUCAAUCAGACUCGUGCCUUCGAAUCCUUGCAGAAAAGCGAUAGUCAGAGACAUACCGGUUCCACAAAAGUCAAGUGGUUCGACGUUAGUGAUGUGAAAACGCCGUCGCCAAAGAACAGCUACCGCUCGACCUCCUCUUCACCCAUAGACCUCGAGGAUUCCAAGUCUUGUCCUGAGAUCGAUAAACCUGCAGAAGACACCAGUUACAACCAACAGAAAGAUUCUAGUAGUCUAUCCGUCGACAACGACAAGAAGUUAUUUAUUUUGAACGAGGAGCAAGAUAGGACGCACGAGGACACACCACUGAGACAUGGACCUUCUGCUAUCAACAUUUCGGCGAAGUCGGCCACCAAACAGAGACGAUCCAGGACGAAUUUCACAUUGGAACAACUAAACGAAUUGGAACGCCUUUUCGAUGAAACUCAUUAUCCUGACGCCUUCAUGCGAGAGGAGCUUAGCCAAAGACUUGGACUAAGCGAGGCCAGAGUUCAGGUCUGGUUCCAAAAUCGAAGGGCGAAAUGCAGGAAACAUGAGAGUCAACUACAGAAAGGUAUGAUGAUGAAUAAUCACAGUCCUCCGACGAGCACCCCUUUGGAACCCUGCAGGGUUGUACCAUACAUGAGUGUACCUGCGCUCCGAGGAUUAUCCUUGCCAAGCAGCGCUGUUGCAUUAUCAGCUUACGAUCGUUUAACACUAGGGACCUUUCCACAACCCGCCACCCCAUUCUCAGCAUUCGAUUCGGCUUUCAUCUCAGCAGCACACCAAUAUGCGGCGGCAGCAGUAUCAGUUGGCAGCGGGUCUGCAGCAAGUAUCCUCUGCCAUCCCCAAUAUCCUUUAGGCUUUGCGGCUUUGGCAGCAGCCCAUAAGAACUCGAGCAUCGCAGAUCUACGGCUGAAGGCCAGGAAGCACGCCGAGGCACUAGGCUUAGCUCCAAAGGAGAAGACCACUUAAUU